CAUCGACCGCGAUCAUGGAAGGAUCUGUCAUGUCUGCUGGCGCCGCCAUCCUUGUCAUCGUCGUCGCCUACGUGUACCACCGCUACGGUCGCAACGCGCCGUUCCUGCCCGGGCUGCCAUUCCCGGCAGGCCUGCACAGGCCCUUUGUCGGUGUCGCCGUCGAGAUGUCGACGCUCGAGGGCAUGACGCGCCUCUUCGUCGAUGCUGCCGACGCCAACGGCAUGGUCUCGUUCCGACUUCUCUCGCAGCCCAGCGUGGCCGUGACGCGCGCCGACCACGUGCGCCAAGUCUACAUGGCGACAACGAACCGCGGGCCGACACCGAUCAUUGACAUGCACAUGCAGGCCUUCUUGGGCGACCGCUCGGUCUCGCUGCUCAUGCGCGACGAGUGGAAGCUCCAUCGGCGGCUCGUCUCGCGGGCCUUUCAAUGGCAAAACCUUGCUGCGAUGGUUCCCGCCAUGGCGUCCAUUGCCGAGACGUUUACUAACGUCUGGCGCGGCGCAGCGACGCCGUCGAUCGAUGUGUUCCCGCUAUUGAAGCGCCUUGCACUCGACACCAUCGGACGCACGGGCUUUGGCUACGACAUGGGCGCGCUGCGCGAUGCGGCCAACCCGAUGGCGUCGGCUCUCGACUUUCUGGUCAACGAAAUCAACCGGCGCUGCCUCGAGCAGCCACUGCACCCGAGCAGCCAUCUCUACUGGCUCCCAACGCGGACGAACCGUCGGCAUGCCGAAGCCGUGAGUACCGUUCGCACGACGCUGCACAGCAUCAUCCAAGCACGCAUGAUGUCCCAUGCCACCUCGUCCUUGCGGCAUCAUGAUCUGCUGGAGGCGAUGCUGGAGGCAGCGUCCGCCGACAACUCGCCAAUGGAUGCCAAGACGCUUGCCGACAACGUCGUCACCUUCUUCUUUGCCGGCUCGGACACGACGAGCUCGGCCAUGGCGUACACGCUCUUCCUUCUCGCAACGCACCGGGACGUGCAAGCCAAGGCAGUCGCCGAGAUCGACAAGGUCGUGGGUCAGUCAUCGCCCAUCACGUAUGAAGCAAUGCAGCAGCUGCCGUAUGUCUCGGCGGUUCUCACGGAGGCCCUUCGCCUCUACGCUCCCGCGCCGUUUACCUACCGCCACGCAGACUCGGACUUGGUGCUUGGCGAUCAUGUGGUGCCGGCGGGCACGCUGCUUGCGCUGCCCAUGUGGUUUAUCAACCGAUCGCCGCUCAACUGGGGCGACGACGCUGCCGAGUUCAAGCCCGAGCGCCACCUCGCAGCCGACUGCGAUCGGUUCGCGGCCAAAGACCGCGCGUAUCGGUUCGUAAGCUUCUCGGGCGGCCCGCGCAACUGCGUUGGCAUGCGGUUUGCGCAGUUGGAGGCCACCGUGCUGCUAACGACGAUCUUGCGCCAAUGCAUCGUGACGCGCCCGAGUGACGCGCCGUCGGUGGAGCCCACUGCGGUCGGCAUCUCGAUCACACCCGAGGGCGGCAUGUGGCUUUCACUGACGCCGCGUGCCGCCGUGUCGGCGUAG